GGGAAAUCGAAUCAGGAAGGAUGCUAGUCGAUUGGCACAAGGAUGACAGUCAUAAAGACACUCAUUUGCUAGGUGCCUUUGUAAGCAUUGGUGACCAAGAUCUCCGUGUCUUCCACCUAAAACGCAGUGCAGAUACCUUUGAAGAAUAUGCUCCGGAACAGGCCAUAUUAAAAGCGACAAUCUCGUUUGACCUCAAGCGAGUUGCCUUUUUACUUGGAUCAUACAGCACCUGCUACGCGCAUCCUGGUAGGCCCAAAACAUAGUGAUAUAUUUAUCUGGCACACAUCAGAACCAUAUACCUCCAUGAGCGCUGUGGAUACCUUGAGCUUUCUUCCAAGCCAUAUUGUGGUAGAGUCACAGUCCAAAAACGACAAAUCGAUCAAUGUAGAAAGGAAGACAUUCCUUUAUUUACCCGAGAGGACGUUCCCCUGGCUCAGAGUGGGUAGCUAUCCACGUUGGUACUCGAGCU